AUUACUCCAGAAAGUUAGACGAUGAUUAGCAGGCAACGACGUCAAAAGAAGAAAAAUGCUAAUGCAAUUUGCAAGGAUUCUUUAAGCAUUUCUUGAACUCGGCACCUUAAACAAUCUCUUUCUUUCAAUGUACAUAUUCCCUUCAACCCCCGGUUGAGUGUGAUUAUACAAAUUCUCAUAUCUACGAUUUCAACACCGCUUGGAAUUCCAAGGAGCCCAUUACUUCUCAGGUGCCGUUAAUGUUUUUCUAAUUCAGUUGAUUCUUGGAUAAAACCGCUUAAGGGAAAGAUUUUGACUGCUAGCGUUUUUCUUAAUAACCCACUAACUCUUUCUGCAACAUUCAUUUUAAGGCGACGAGAGAAGGAGGAAAUAAGUAUUAUCUCGAGAUUUUUGGGAGUUUGGGGUUUUGAAGAAGAUGGGCUUAAUGGAUUCGCAAGUUUUAGUUGCUCUUGGUCUUUCGCUUUUGGGUGGCUUGAGCACCUCUAUUGGUGCAUUUUUUGUCGUCAUUAAUCCGACGCCAAAUCUGAAGACGCUUGGUGUUUUGCAGGGUUUUGCUGCAGGUCUUAUGUUGAGCAUAUCUUUCUUAGAUUUGGCCCACAAUGCGAUUAACUCCAUUGGCUUCUUAAAGGGAAAUCUCUGGUUCUUUGCAGGUGUCAUUUUCUUUGCCAUUAUUGCUAAUUUCAUCCCUGAGCCAACACUUUCUCCCAUUUCAGACGUGAAAACCAGAAAGAAAAAUGAGGAUGAAAGGGGCAAGGAUAUGACAAAAAAACAUCGCCGCCAAGUCUUGUUUGGUGGAAUCAUCACAGCUAUAGGUAUUAGCUUGCACAAUUUCCCCGAGGGAAUGGUAGUGUUCCUUGGGUCAAUCAAGCCCCAGGCUGUAGUACAAUUGCACGGUCUCUGCCUUGACGUGGUGGCAAUCCCCACGGUCCCUCUCUUCCUCGACCAUCGUUGGAUCCUCAUUUUUCGUGAACCAACAUUACUUGCAGCUCCCUGGGUACUGUCGUUUCUCCCCACGACCAGUGGCGAUGACCCCAUGGUUGGGUUAAAUUGGGAAGAGUACUGGGAAGGGGGAGGACUAGGAUUGACGUUUGGGAACGUUCUGGACGGCAUCAGAGAGUUCCUUAGUGGCCCACUGGGCCUUAGCACCCUUAACUCAGCCUUCACCUUAGCCUUUAGCCCGUUAAUGAAGUGGCCUUCUAAUAGUCGGUCUGGAAUUUCCGAUAAAGGUGCAGUCAACGUCUCAAACCAUUGCCGUUUGCUACCCUUUUACGCCUCUGUUGCCAUUGAUACCAAGAGAGGGCUUUUCCUUCAAAACAAAUCGCGGCCGCCUCCAGUAUUUCCACCUCAGAAAUCUAUGCGCCACAGUCCUCGAGUUGGUUCUCCAUCUCCAAUUGUUACUGCCGAAUUCCCAACUUCAUCACUUCCAUCCCAGCGUGAAUCGUUUCCAUUCUUCCCUCCAAUUCCCCUACUCGAUCAAACUGGAAGAGUGACCUUUUUGAGGUUUUUCAUUAAAUGCAUCUCCAUGGACGUUCUAAAAUUGAAAAUGCAUGAUGUUGAUUUUGAUUUAUAUCAUGACAUGACAUUUUUAUUGGUUUUGAUUACUUAUAUAUCUUGGUCCAGUUUCUUUUAUGAUGGGGCCUGUUUAGAAAUUAUAUUACAUUCUGCUUUCAAUGGGAACUUCGUCUGGGAUAUAAAAAUUUGGGAAAAUUUUCAAUUUGGUCAGUUUCUUAAAACAAAACUCUACAGUCAUAUUCGCCCUGCAUAUUACAAUGAAUCCGGAAAUGGCGACGUCAACGUGUCAGAUCUGAUUACACAUUUUACACUUUUAAGAAACGUAUGCAUAAUGUUUGCUUUUCUUCCUGACGCCUGGAAUUUUUCUAAUUUUCAGGGGGUCGCGGUUGCACUUCCUGUUUAUUUUGCUACUGAAAGCAAAUGGCAAGCGUUCAAGUUAGCUACCCUUUCUGGCUUAGCUGAGCCUCUUGGUGUAAUUAUUGUAGCUUACCUAUUCCCGAGCAGCUUAAGUCCUGAAAUUCUGGAGGGCCUCCUGGGAUCAGUCGGCGGGGUGAUGGCCUUUCUAACAUUGCAUGAAAUGCUGCCAUUGGCAUUUGAUUAUGCUGGACAGAAGCAAGCUGUCAAGGCCGUUUUCUUUGGAAUGGCUUUCAUGUCUGCUAGCCUGUAUUUUCUUGAGAUCAGCUUACCAGAGGAUUUAAGCCUGUAGGCGUCGCUCUUGCAUUCUAUGGUGCGCGAGAACUACGUCAUGAACAAAUGCGCAAUAGGAAUGACGGAAGAAAGGCUUGUUUUACUGUCUUCGGUCUCUAUUCAUCACAGCUCACAGAGGCAGAGGCAUUACAGGAUUCUAUGAGAUACAUCGGAAAACUGUUUUCAUGUAAAAUGCAAUUGUAAAAUAACUAAAAAUCGUUUUAUUGUGCCAAUUGAAAAUUUCAACUAUUAUCAAUUUCUUGGCUGCGUCGCAUUUUAGUAUAUCACGAUAUGGAUUUGUCGAGCAUAUUACAACUCU